AUGUCCUCCAAAGACAACUCCCGCAUCCUUUUGUUGGAGGAGCAUGUGACGAGUUUAUCAGAGGAGUUGAUGCAAUGUCAAGCAGACAAGGAGUUCGUUUGGUCCCUAUGGAAACGCCUGCAAGUGGCAAAUCCAGACCUGACCCAGGCUGUCAGUUUGGUAGUUGAGCGUGAGAAGCACAGAGCUGAGAUUAAGGACAGGAAAGUGUUGGAGAUCCUCCAGUCCAAAGAUUACAAGAUACAGGAGAUGGAACAGAAAGUGACAGGGCAGCAGCAGGAGAUUAAUAACUUGGUAAAGAAGAGGACAACAGUGGAUGAAGACAGCGCCUUAAUGAAGAGGGAGCUGACAGCACUGCAUGAAGAACUGGUCAAUAAGAGUCAAGAAAUUAAGGAAAUGAAGACAGAGUGUAGGAGGAAAGAGGAGGAGGAGCGGCAGGUGGUGCAGGCUCUAGAGGAGGAGAAAGAAGGAUUAACUUCCCGCUGCGUCACCCUGCGAGCUGACCUGGAGGAGAAAGAGAGGCAGGCCAACAGCCAACGAGACCAGAGGGAUGUUGCUCAGGCCAGAGUCAAGGAUCUGGAGGAAGAGCUGCACAAUGCCUGGCAGGAGUUGACAAGAUUGCAGAGCCACAGUUGCAGCCUGGCAGCCGAGCUUUCUACCAAGGAAAGAGAGGUGGCAACAAAAGACAGUCAACUUAAUCAACUUCGUUGUGAGUUUACAGAAGUGCAGACCCUGUACAGACAGAGUACAGAGCAUGCUGCUGAGCAGAGUCAUCUGAUCAAGCAACUGGAAGGACUCAACCUAGACACGCAGAAAGUUCUGAGGAACCAAGAAGAGUCACAUACUGCUGACACCACCUCCUAUCAGAGGCUGCACAACGAGUUGAGUCAGUGCUACCAGGCCCUCAUGUCAAGUGAGGCCAAGCUCCGUCAGAGUCACCAGGAUCUCAGCAGCCAGCUGGCUCAGAAAGACCAGCAAGUCCUGCAACUCCAGGCCCAGCUACAACAGCAGCAGGAGCAAAUACAACUACAGCAGCAGCAGCAGCAGACUCCUCAGGUCCUGUACCCCUCACCCAACCGACAAACCAACUUUAAGGCUUUGGUGUCAGAGCAGGUGGAUGCCCCAACUCAAAGGUCUAGCUCUAACCCUGACCAGGCCUCAGGUCCCAGACCAGAGGAAAAGUCCCCUCAACACAGAUCCACCAGUUCUGUCAGAAGACAGCAGGGUGCACCUGUGCAGCGGUCCAGGUCUCUGUCCCCAGCCAGCAGUGUGGAGUUGGGUUGUGGGAGGAGAAAAGUAGCAGAACAGAGGAUUCAAGACCUUGAGGAGCUGCUGCAAUUGAAGAUGGAGGAGAAUGAAGAACUGAGGAAGGCUCAUGAUAAACGACGUGAACGUCUGUGUCUGAUUCAGAACAACUACAAGACAAUCAGAGACCAGCUGAAAGAUAUGGAAAAAUCAAACGGCUUGCAAGGUGGAAGGAUGCAGCGUGCAGAGCCGUGGCAGCUCAGACAAGAGAACAGCGAUGCAGUUUGGAAUGAACUGGCCUACUUGAAAAACCUCACCAGGAAACUCACUGCUGAAAAAGCUGGCUUGGAAGAGGAGCUGGAUAUGCUGCGAGUCCAGGCUGCCAUGGACCGGGCCACAGUAAAGGAGCUCCACAUGUGUCUCGCUAAUGAACACCAAGAAUUGCUUCACAAAGUGGUAGAAGAGCGCCAGGUCAAGAGCAGCACUCCGAAAAAGCCUUCUGUUUCUUCUGAGCGAAUGGAACAGUCAUUUAAAAAGAUAGAGCAGCUGGAGCGGAGGAUGAUGUCCCUAGAGGAAGAGACGGAGAGGCUGAGGGAAGAGAAAGAGCAGCUACUUGAGGCCAACGAAGACUUGGCCCACAACUGCCGGAGACUCCAAGCUUCUUUGGAUCAUCUGCGAACCCAGGAAGUUGUCCGUGAAGAGGCAGCUCAGGCACAGGCCCUGGCCCAGGGGGAGAGGCAUCGCACUGAAAUCAUAGCUCUGGAAGCCCGGCUGUCUGCCUCUCAAAAAGAGGCUACCAAGCUUCAUCAUCAGUUGCUGAAGCUGAGGCAGGAACUGGGGAUUCUCAGAGCAGCCAGGGACUUCUAUAGGAACCGUGCAGCAGGACCAGCACGAACAGGUGGGAUUGCUAGCAACAUUAACAGCAAGGUCAAAUUCAAAACAACUAGGCUCAGAGGUCCGUUACGCCAGCACAGCCACCCAACAGUCAGCCCCAAUCAAGCCAUCAGCUGGCAAGGCCGCAGCCCCAGUCCCACUAAGGACGAGUGGGAGGACAUGAGUGUCGAAAGUGACAGUGGUGAAGAUUACUCGGACAGUCUCAACAGUGUGCAUUCAAGGACAGCGACUUACAGACAACGCACAAACAGAAAGUCCCACAGGUACGCACUGAUUCCAGGUACAGAAGCGCCGGCAGCAGAAUCUAGCAGAAAACAACCUGAUGUUCAGGCCCAAGACGAUAAACAGCAUGAGCCCUGGGAACAAGGGACGAGAGGAGAGAAAAGGGGGUGGAGGAGGAAGAUGAUGCUGAUGAAGGCCCAGCACUGCUCCUCCUCUUCUCUGCAGCAGCGCAUAGAGUCCCUACAGCGUCACAUUGACAUACUGCGAAGUGCCAGGAAAGAUGCUGUGCUCUCAGCCAAAGAGCUGCGGAAGGCCAAUGAGGAGAUCACGGCGCAGCUCAACUCCCUGACUGAGAAACUCUGCAGCAGCAAGCAGCUCACACAGAAGCUGACCUCUGACCUGGCUGGUGUGGAGCAGCAGAAAAAGGUUCUGGAGAUGGAGUUGGAGCAGUGGAGGAAGAUAACGUUCCCCCAACAAAAUGCACCACCACCAGCAGCACCAACAGCACCUGUACAUGCAGAGGGCUCCUGCCAGGGCAGGAACAUGCCCGCUCUGGCUAACCCUGCCCCUCAGGCCCUGGAAGAUGAGGUCAAACAACUUCAGGCCAAACUUAAGAGUGCAAGUGCGGAGGUCACAAGGCAGGUGGCAGCUAACAAAGCCCUGCGAGGCCAACUCCAGGAGAAGGAGGACAAGCUCCGCCAGCUGCAAGACAAGGCGAGCCACACGGAGCGAGAUGUGAACAUGAAAAGGCACCUCGUGGAAGACUUGAAGACGAGGCUGAAGUUCCUGCAAGAGAUGGAAAAAAGUUACCGUGGACAGGUGGAGGAGCUAGAGAAGAAGGUGAAGACUUUAUCAGAGGAGGCCACCAACAGGAAGGCUUUCAUUGAAUCUCUGAAGAGAAGACUGAGUGUGGCAACCACAGAGAAAAGCCAGUAUGAGGCCUCCUGUACCAAACUGAAGGAGGACCUGGAAAAAAAGGAGCAGCGCAUUCACGCCCUACAGGCCCGUGUGGGAGCCAGUGAGCAGGCUUUGGCUGCACUGGAAAAGACAGCCACUGAGCAAAUGGAGGGAUUGACCCAGCAGAGCUCCUUUGCCUUGGAAAGGCUUCAGAGACAGCUAGGCCAGGCCUACUCCCAGCUGGAGCAGUUUCAUUCUUUCAUCAAGGCCCUGGCCAGUGAAAUACUUUUAGACGUUCAAGAGGUCAAACAGCAGUUGAUGAAGAGGAGGAGGUUGAGGCAGGCCAAUGCUGUGGCAGCAAAGGGCGGCCUCUCAGCCAAGUCCAUGAUCAAAGCUAAGUCCAUCGCAGCCUCCAUCCUCAAUAUGUCAGAGAAUGAUCUUGCGGACAUAAUGGACACUGAGCAGGGGACAGAGGCCCAUUCAGAGAGUCCCAGAGACCAGGAGUGGCUGGACCACCUAAACCACAUCCUCCAGCAGAAGAUCCCCUCUGCCGGCCAGCUAAUGGAGGCUGUGCGCGUGAAGAUGAAGGAGAGGAAAGUGCUGACAGAAGAGCUGGCCACGCUCGCAACACCAGUCAGCGAAAAAGCCUGACUCCCUGGGCUGAGGCUGGGAAAACUGUCAUCCUCUUCUCCCCCCAACCCCGCCUUCUUCUCCUCCUCCCCGGUUCCUACUCAGUGGGAGCUGGGCUGAGCCGGGGCAGCAGAACCAAUAUUUGUGAGAAAAGCGCUGUCGACUCACUCUGGGCCACUGGCUCAACACAGCAGCCCGGCUUUUGUAAAUGAGCCCUCGACAUCUGUGUUAGUGCUCAGCGCACUAUGUCUAUCAGACAGAGCCCUUUAGCGCCAAGCUAAUUUACAGUGCAGCCACUCUCCCCCACACUCAACGCAGACCUGGGGUGAUAAGGCAAAUGCUUACGCUAAUGUUUAAGUUAGACUUUUUUUUUUUACC